CACCGAGCUGGCCAGUUACGUACAUACAAUACGAUCUUUUUUUACCACUGCGCGCCAACAUUCUUCUACCUCUUUUGCUUUGACAUUGAUCUGUCGUCUAAUUCAAAGAUGAAACGCCACACUCACAAUCCAUCACGGCAAGCAUCGACGAAAGAUCAUCAGGGUGGAAAAUCAACGGUGUCAUCGUCGGCAAAAUGUUGAAGGAAGUAGGCUGUGGUAGCCCGCCGGCGGACGCAAGUCGCGGCGGUGUAGCCGUCGACGCGGCCAACUCAGUCAGUCAUCACCAGGACAAUCCAAAUAGUUUAACAUUGGCAUGUGGCGGUUGUGGCCACGAAAUUGCCGAGCGAUGGUAUCUGCGCGCCGCUGAUCGAGCUUGGCAUUGCGAUUGUCUUAGAUGUUGUCAUUGUCGUAUUCCACUUGCCGCUGAACUCACCUGCUUCGCACGGGACGGCAACAUAUAUUGCAAGGAGGAUUAUUACAGAUUAUUCGCUGUGACGAGGUGUUCGCGCUGUCGAGCCGGCAUCUCGGCAACGGAGCUAGUGAUGCGUGCGCGCGAUUUGGUCUUUCACGUGGCUUGUUUCACGUGCGCCUCUUGCGGUACACCGCUCAAUAAAGGCGAUCAUUUCGGUCAGAGAGACGGUCUCGUUUAUUGCAGGCCACACUAUGAAUUGAUCUGUUGCGCGACAGACUACGGAAGUACCACGGGAAGCAUCGAGGACUUAACGUCGCCGGGAGUCUCGCCAUUAGCAGGUUACUACAGUGGCGCCGAGCAGAGUCCUAUUGCUUCCUCGGGUACUGGCGGCGCCGGUGCUGCUGCUGGUGGCGUGCAGAAGGGACGACCCAGGAAAAGGAAAUUGUCCGAAGUGACUGGUUCUGAACUGCCUGUCACGAUGAGGCUCGCUGCUGGCGCUCUUGAGCUACUUCAUCCGACAGAAUUGUCAUCGUCUAUGGAAUCUCUAACUGCGUAUGAUGGUUCAGCAGGAUCGCCUGGUGGUCACAUCCAUCAAAGUCAAAGAACGAAACGCAUGCGUACCAGUUUCAAGCAUCAUCAGUUGCGUACUAUGAAAAGUUACUUUGCUAUCAAUCAGAAUCCCGACGCCAAAGAUUUGAAACAAUUGGCACAGAAAACUGGACUGUCCAAAAGAGUUUUGCAGGUGUGGUUCCAAAACGCACGAGCAAAGUGGCGACGGAAUAUGAUGCGCCAAGAGGGCGGCACAGGCAGCAACAAUGGCCCAGGUCUAGGCGGUAAUGUUGGUGGUUGUCCAGGUACUCCGGCAUCAACGAGUACCGGUGGUGGUUCACCUGCUGGCUUGGGUUCUGGUGGUCCAGGAUUACUUAGCGAUAGUAAUAGUAUGCCGUCGACGUCGAUGGAGGAACUUCACGCGUUGCAUCACUUGCAUUCGUCCCAAGUCUCUUUUGCCGACCUCUACUGACAUCGGUUUUGUGCCGACAAGGAAGCCGGCGAACGCGAUUUCGUGGUUUGAACGUAUCUACCUGUAAAUGAAAGCGAUUUUUUUCGAUACACAACCCGUGACCAAAAUAGAUUUAUGUACAUUCGAUGAAGACUGAGGGGUACUAAAACAUCAUUUCAGUUUUUUUUUCUUGGUGACAACUGCCGUUAUCAGUAUUAAUUGCGAAGUUUAAGUUGAAAAGUCGAUUUUUUACAAACAGUCCAAACGAAACCACCACUCUCAUACGGAGGAUCAACAUUUUUCCAUAAUGUAAAGCACAAAUAUUUUAGUGUUUAUAUAGUCUUGCAUAAAUAAGAAGAAAGUUCUCCCGAGAAUGUUCGGAGGAGGAUGAAAGUGAUGAAAAAUAUAGUUCCAUGCAUAUCCGAAUUACCAAAGGCUUAGAAGAUAGAUAAUUUUCGUAUAACGUGCGCGUGACAAGAAUGGUGUAUAGAUAAAUUUGAAAAAUAUUGUACUAAAUAAUUUUCUAGUGCAAACAUUGCGUAAUAAUGAAAAGUAUGUAUCGCAUAUAGUAACCUCGUGCAUGAUGGAUAAUCUGUAUUAAUCGUCGUGUAGUUUGAUCCAUAUGAGGGCAAGAUUUUUCGUUUUAUCGAUGUUUUUUUGUAAAUACAACUUAUAUAUAUAUCGAAAUAUUACUUAGACGAGCCGCAUACGCGAUCGUUCCUAAAAGGCAAAGGCACAUUAACCUGUAGAGCGAGUUUCUUUUCCGUGCAAUUAGUUUGUAAAAAAACGCUCAAUUCAAUGUGAGAUGUGUGUACAUGCGACAAAGCCAUGGAGUUUCUCAGUGUUCGUUUGGUCGCACUACUUUUGAGCAUUAUUCAACGCUACGUGUUACACUGGAUGAAAUGUCCGCUAAAGAAAAUACAAGCCAAUAGACAGAAACGAAAAGACGAGCAAGCUUUCUUCCACCAACUUCAAAGUCCUCGGCCCAAGCAAAUUAAACGAACGCCGACCAACAGCUGAUCAUUUGAGCGGCAGGUAGUAAUCAGCUGGAAGUAUACACUUAAGUUUUUUUUUGCAACUCGGAAGCGCGCAUGAAUGGGAAGCGAAAAAGCCGAGCGAGGAAGGCAUUAAAAAAGAAGAAACGAGCGGGAGCCUGCUUAAACAAACAAGUCUCCAAAGAAGGCCAGUUAAAAUUCGAGCAGCUCGUUUGUUGUUUUCUCGUUCUCGCGGCGCGGUACCGUUCCGCCGAGGAAGCUGCUAGCGCGGUAAUAAAGCGAAGGUCGCUCGCGCACCAAUGACCCGGGAGCGCGGCUAAUUAGCAUCGAAUUGGCUAAUACGCGCGCGCGGAGAACGAGUGGGUGUGCGCCAGUUAAUUUUCAAUCUAUAUGCCCGAAUGCACGAAGGGCUGUCGCGCAAAAUGAAGAACUCUCUGGGCACGCACACCUCAUUUAACGAGAUCCCGCGAAACCGAGGCGCAUUUGCAUAUUACGCGUCCAGUCUCUUUUUUGCGCAACGUGCGUGCGCGGAUUACGGUAUAAUAUCGCAAGGUGGGCAGUUACAAAUGAAAAAUUUCGCUCCCUUUUUUUGCCAGCCUCUUACCCGACGACCGUCUAUGGGCAAGCUCGUGUAACGGUUUCGCUCUGUAUACAUGAACUUGGGUGGCUUAUAUUUCUCUGUAUUUUUCUUCGACGUGCUUGCAAAUAUGACGAACCGCCAAUUGAUAAAUUUACUCAUUAAUCUGCGUUUCGCACGAAAGCGCACGCAGUUGUUGCAGUUGUUACAGUUGUAGCGACGAGCGCAUUUCUCAAGUUCGCUUGCAAGCUCAUCCCCGUCCGAACGUAAGUCGAGAUCGAUCGAAUGAAAUUCUCCAGCGACUUGCGGGGAAUAUUUAAAAACGACAGUUGCGACUUCGGCCAGCAAGACGCUUUCGCAAUCGAAUUGAAAGCCGAGCGGCACGAAUCGAAAGCUCGUAAACUCGUGUGCGUGGACAACCCUCUUCCUUCAAUAUUCAGCGGACCGCUGGCAAGCAGAAAAAGAAGCAAGAUCGAAUUCAAUUGCGUUAUAAACAAAUCCUCGCGAAAGGCUGAACUUAUUUGCAAAGAAUCAGUAUACCGUUUGGAAGGCCUUUCUGCGCCAUUUCGCCGAGGCGGCCUUUUGUUCUGUCAGCGAAGCGACGACCGCGCCCUUGUCUCCUCCUCGUUUCCAUUCGCGUGCUCUCUCUCUCUCUCUCUCUCUCUCUCUCGCUCUCUCUCUCUCGCUCUCUCUCUCUCGCUCUCUCUCCGCCGUCGGGC